AUGUGCAAUGGAACACUGGAGGCAAGAGCCUCUGAGGCAUCCAAAGAGUUAAAGAAGCUGGAUACAGAGGAGUUCACACAAUUUAAAGCUGAAUUCCUAUUGGACACAUACUCGGGCUUGUUAACUAAUCAAGCCAUGAUCUUGGCAAUGAACUCCAGUUUUGUUGAUCCUCUACUGCAGUUUGAGACACAGUUGAAGAUAACUGAGCUGUCUUUCAAGAGUGUAUUAUCCAUGCCAAACCUUGACUCAGUGAAAGAAAUGGGGGACAGCCCUGAGGAAAGCGAGAACCUGGAGAAUUUAUACCAAAAUAUUUUCAACAUAUUUGAAGACACUCUUCUUAUUUUAGUAUCUAAAGAUUUCUACAAGAUACAGAUCUUAAAGGAAAUGGUCAUCUGGAUGAGUCAGGAUAACCUGUACCUGCAAGAACGAGCAAUGAUAAUCAUCACCAGGGUAUUAAUCUUUGCAUCCAAGAGAGCCAAGAAAUACCUAAGCAUCGAUGCUCCGUGUUUAGGUCUCCUGACAGCAGAGCUCUCGCUCUUGUGUUCCCAUAGCGACCCCUCAAUCGCACAGGAAGCGUUGGCUGGGAUGAAUUAUGUCCUCUACAUUGCCAUGUGUCAGAACCCCAACACUGUCAAAAACAGAUCUACUAAGCUGAAUGAUGAAUCCAGUAAUCCCAAGAUGAUAAUGUCUGAUAUUGAAUUAGUAACCAUGGUCGCACAAGGAGACAGAAACAAAAUUGCCCAGAGCGUGGGACAAAUACUACUUCCCCACUUUCUGACUGACUUUGUGUGGACUCUCCUGAAAAAACUCUCCUCUCAAGACACCAGAACAGUAGUUGAGGCUGGAAACUUACUGAGGUUGACUUUGGAGUAUCACGCCCAGAAGAUAAACAAGGUGUCUAAAAUUCUGGAUGACAUUUACGAGCAGCUCUCCGGGAAUUCUGACCACAUCAUGAAGGAUGUCAUGCUGCGCAUUAUCACCCUGUUGACACACACUUCCCCUAAGAAGGUCAUCUUCCAGCUCAUGGACUUCCGGGUCCCUGUAGACAAUAUUCUGCUGACCAUGUGGCAAGCAGUCAGUGCUGACUCAACUGUGGCACCCCAGGUGCUGAAGACGAUCCUGUCGAUACUGAAAGGGAAGCCUGGGGAGAUGGAGGAAACCCUGAUAGAGAGAAGACGCUUCUCCCUGGAUGCCACCAACAUGAUGCCUGUGGCGGCAUGUCAGGCCCUGUGCACAUUCCUACCUGUGGCUUCUUAUAGUAAAGUGGUGGCCAAGUUAUUCCCUGAGUUCCUGAUGGCCCUCAUGCUUCAACUCUUCUACUGCAGUCAGCAUUUAAAAGACAGUGAACAGGACAGACCUCUCUAUGUAAGAGAUGCCCUGAAGGCUCUGCUGAACUCUUCUGGACUAGAAGAAGUGGAUAAAGCUCUGGAGAAAAAAAAUUUCUGGGACCAGUUUUCUCAAGUCAUGGAUCACCAGUAUGGAAUCCAACUGAUCGCUAAAACUCUCAGUGAAUGUAACUUUCCACAGUUUCCAGAGACCCUGCAUUAUGUCUACAAGGUUGCGGUUGAAGGUCCUAGGAGGUCAGAAGACAGCAUCGUCACAAUAAUAUUUUUUGCAGAACUUCUGAACAACUUCUUCAAGGAAUCAUUGCCAGAAGAAUUUGCUGUCCUCUUCAGGAACUGGAUUAAUGAUUCCAACUCUUCGGUUAGCAAAAUGAGUCUCCAGAAAAUUGCCAGCAUGGCACCAGUUUUCAGUGAAAUAGAAAGUGUCUGCAACCUGUUACUCCCAGUCCUGGAUGCUUUUCUUUCCAAAGAGCACACCGUUAUCAUCCGGGCAAUGCUUACCCUUCGAAAUAUUUUGAGCAAACUGGACAAGACUAUCUACUCCACAGUGUGUAUCAGGAUUGCUUCCAGCUACUACCCUCUGAUGGAUCAUGUUAAUGGUGGCAUUCAGUGCAUGGCCAUUCGGCAUUUUGGUGAAUUGAUUCUGGAUAUGAAUCAAUACAACUGGAGGCUGAACCAUAUAAUCCUAGGAAGCCUUGUGCCCCUGAUACUGUUUUUGGAGUCUAAGGAAACAAGAAUUGUGAAUGCUUGCAGAUACACAUUAACUAUCUGCGUUACACAACUGAAGUGGUCAACAGUAUAUCUGCUCAAUGAGGAGAAUUACGAUUUUGAGGCAGUGGUUCUCAGCAUCUGCAACAAUCUGCUUUUUUCUUAUGAGAGUUACAUUACAGACUUAAUAUCUGAUACCUUAGGAUUCCUGGGGAGCUCUCGGGCCUUUCUGAAGAGAGGAGCCGUUAUAUUAGUAGGGUACCUGGGGAAAUCGGGAGCACAUUUACUACUCAGAGAUGAAAUUGACAUUAUGAUUGAGGUUAUUGAAAGAGUGACCCGGGAGGAAGACCCUGUGAUCAAACUGUUGGCAGAAAAAACCCGUAAACUUUUCAAAGAAAUAGCCAAUAAAAUAGCCUCUUCGACCAUUAAACAAACCUUCCGAAGAUGGUUUAAGAUGGUCCAUACCAAAAGAUUGAAGUUCAUCUAUAACUUGGCUUAUACUACUGCUGUUGCCGCUACCACCGCAGCCCUCGAAGAGGGCAAUCCAGAAGGCCUUAAAGAGCAGAGUGUCAAACAUUCCGUGAUGGAGCUCAGUACUAAGAAGCCGGAAUCACUCCUGAAAAUGAAGCAUUUGUGUUUUGCCCCUUCCUAA